UAUCCUUUCCAUUUGAUCUCUCUUUCUCUCUCUAAAAUAAAUCUGGCGCCGUUGUUUUUUUUUGGACUUUGGUCUCUCUCUAAAAUAAAUCUGGCGUCGUUCUCUUGACGGCUUUUUUUGGACUUGGGAGUACAAGUGCAUGAAUGGCCUGAGGUAUUUGGGAUUGAAGAUUUGGGGUAGAGAGAUGUGUAAUAUCCUCCAAGCUGAUGAUCUUUCUCUAUUCAGGAUAACAAGAUUAGUGUCCCUAACUAGCUUCUUGAUCUCUCUUACUUCCUCCUCCUUUGAAUUUCUCACUAGACCAUUAAUUAAAAAGCCCAAAGCCUCCAAAUCAGGAGCCUUUUUCUUGUUAAUACGGUCCUUGAACCGUUCAUGUGCGAACCCUAAUCAUCUAUUUCAUAGAGAAAAUGGCGAAAAAACAUGAAUGAGAAAUCUAUCUGGGAACCAUCCUUUUCCCCCAUCUCUGCAAUUUCUCCAUUUUUUGAAGGGAAAAAUCUCUCUUUCCACGUGAGAGGCCUCUCUCUCUCUCUCUCUCUCUCUUGUUCUUCAUUUUUGCGCCUUUCAGAUCCAAGACUAGUGCCAUUUCUGGUCUUCAGUAAUGGGCCCUCGAUUGAAUCAACCAGAGAACUAGGGUUUUGAUUUCUUUAUGAAGAAGCAAGAAAUGGGAUCUUGAAAUUGAAGAAAAAGUGCGUUGCUUCAUCUGUGCAAAUAUGGUAUUGAUCUCUGCAGCCAGGGACUAUGUGACCCGGAUGUUGCAAGACAUUUCAGGCAUGAAGGUUCUCAUUCUCGAUUCCCAAACGGUCAGCAUUGUAAGUGUAGUAUACUCUCAGUCUGAGUUACUUCAGAAGGAGGUCUUUUUGGUAGAGAUGGUUGAUUCCAUAUCCAAGGAAGCAAUGGCGCACCUCAAAGCUGUUUAUUUUCUUCGUCCAAUAACAGAGAAUAUAGAUCGGCUGAAACGACAAAUAGGUAGUCCAAGGUUUGGGGAGUACCAUUUAUUCUUCUCUAAUAUUCUCAAGCUCGAUCAAAUUCAAGUCCUUGCUGACUCGGAUGAACAUGAAGUUGUGCAACAAGUCCAGGAGUUUUAUGCUGAUUUUGUGGCUAUUGAUCCUUACCAUUUCACAUUGAAUUUGCCCUCAAAUCACAUAUAUAUGCUUCCAGCAGUUGCCGAUCCUCCUAGUUCGCAGCGUUUUUGUGAUCGAGCUGUGGAUGGAAUUGCUGCGGUUUUUCUGGCACUUAAGCGUCGGCCUGUUAUUCGCUACCAAAGAAGCUCUGAAAUUGCAAGAAGAAUUGCACAGGAGGCCCUGAAACUAAUGUAUGAAGUGGAGACUGGCCUUUUUGACUUCAGAAGAACUGAAAUUUCCCCUCUGCUAUUAGUUAUUGAUAGAAGAGAUGAUCCUGUUACCCCAUUGCUGAACCAAUGGACAUACCAGGCAAUGGUUCAUGAGCUGAUUGGCAUUCAGGAUAAUAAAGUUGAUUUGAGAAAUGUGGGAAAACUUCCCAAGGAUCAGCAGGAGGUGGUGUUAUCAUCAGAACAGGAUGCAUUUUUUAAAGCUAACAUGUACGAGAAUUUUGGAGAUCUUGGGAUGAAUAUCAAGCGAAUGGUGGACGAGUUUCAGCAGAUUGCAAAGAGUAACCAGAAUAUUCAGACAAUAGAGGACAUGGCAAAAUUUGUUGACAAUUAUCCAGAGUACCGGAAGAUGCAUGGGAAUGUCUCAAAGCAUGUGACAAUGGUUACAGAGAUGAGCAAGAUAGUGGAAGAGAGAAGGCUUAUGUUAGUUUCUCAAACAGAACAGGAUUUGGCUUGUAACUCAGGACAGGUGGCAGCUUUUGAGGCAGUCAUGAAUCUUCUCAAUAAUGACAGUGUUUCAGAUGUGGACCGUUUACGCCUGGUGAUGUUGUAUGCUUUGCGCUAUGAGAAGGAGAGCCCUGUCCAAUUGAUGCAGCUUGUCAACAAAUUAGCUUCCCGCUCUGCAAAAUACAAGUCUGGUCUUGUCCAGUUCCUGUUGAAGCAAGCUGGUGUGGAUAAACGAACAGGUGAUUUAUUUGGAAAUCGUGACCUCCUUAAUAUUGCUCGAAACAUGGCUCGUGGGCUUAAGGGUGUGGAGAAUGUCUACACCCAACACCAGCCUCUUCUAUUUCAAACUAUGGAAAAUAUUACAAAGGGACGGCUCAGAGAUGUCGACUAUCCAUUUGUUGGAAACCACUUUCAGCAGGGCAGGCCUCAGGAGGUAGUUAUCUUUGUAGUCGGAGGGACAACAUAUGAAGAAGCACGCACAGUGGCAUUGCAAAAUGCGAGCAACUCAGGGACACGUUUUAUCCUUGGUGGUUCUGUUGUUCUGAAUUCAGCGAGGUUUCUGAGAGAGCUGGAAGAGGCUCAGAGAAUCACUCGCUCGAGCGUGGUUUGAAAGCGAAAGAAAUGAAUCAAAGCUCUUGUUCGUUGCUUAGAGAGAGAGAGGAAAAAAAAAAUGUUGAUAGAUGGAGACUAGCUACAGAGAGAAAAUAGCCUCCUGUAUUUGUUGAUGUCUCCCAUUUUACUGGGACUCUCUCUCUUAUCGUUGAAAACGAGCCUUUUACUCUGAUCCCAUUUCCCGUGUACUUGCGCCAUUUAAUUUUUUUGUAAUGGAAAUGUAAUGGAAUUAAUAUACGCUUCUCUUUCUAGUCUCACUCUCUCUUUGUUCUUUAUUGGAUACUCUCUAAAGGUACUCUAUUAUCUGUAGCAAGUUCUGACUUUGCGAGGAUCGGACAAAAAAAUGAAUCACACAGUUGGGAAUGGAAAA